AUGGCACGGAUUAUUAAGUUCCAUGAGGCUGCAGAGGUCAUGACUAAUGGUAUGGAAUUGAAGGGAGGUGAAGGAGCACCACUGGACAACCCUGAACUGUGCCUGGAGGAGGCUGACAUAUUCAGUAUGAAAGAUCCAGAGGAAGAUGACAUUUUUGACUUUGAGGGUAAUAUUGACUCACCUGCAGAAGUCACCGAGAUUUGGAUGCCAUCAUGGGUAGCCUCUGGUCACAUCAUGGAUGAUGUUGUCUUGGCAUUACGUCAAGAAGAACUCGAGCUUCGAAAGGGUCAAGCAAACAACUGCCUGGAAAAGCUUCGUCAAGCCCUGGGUGAUAGAUCAGUUGUUGGCAGUGUAUCAACCCCUAAAGCCUCAGGACCUAGUGGUGAGCAAAGAAGUGUCAUAUACCAGAUCCAAGCACCUCCAAUACCACCUGUGAACAUCCCCACCCCUGGUCCGACCCCCUGUUUCCCUGUCCACUCCAUUCCUCCUUCCCCAACAAUGCAUGAAGUGCAUCUCAGCAGGAUUAGCCCUGCUACCUCCACCCAACCCUGUUCUGCUCUUCUGACACUACCCCUAUGUCCUCUGACCCCAUACCCCUUCCAUCCGACCCUAUCUGGGGUUCCGCUCCUCCACCCUAUCGGUCCGCCCAGUCCUACUCCUACUCCCUCCGCUUUUCUAACGAGCCCCUUCAGUGACAAACUCCAUAUUAUACUAGGCAACUGA